AUGGGUCAUCGUGUGGGAUGCUGUUGUUCGAAGCUUGCUUUUCCAUGUGAUGUCCAUUUAGACAUCGCGGAGGCACUCGGAGAGUGGGGGCUCAUUUCGACGACGACGCUGAAUUUAGACGACUACAUGAGCGUGGAUUCUCUCGCCAGAUUUCUCGUUACGGUUGCCUUACUCGCCAUCUCCCCUACCUCGCUUAAACAGGGAGAUCCAAUGCAAAUUUUGACUUGUUUCGUUAUUUUAUUCUCUGUCUCCUCUUUCUUUGCAAUCUAUGAAAUUGUUUAG